UAGGUACUCGAAAAACGAUCAACUGCGCAACAUGAAAAAAAUUAAUCCUUUUACGAGCCAUUGGGAAAUCACAGCGCAUUAUUUCAUUCCACGAAUAAUUGUACGAGUAGAUAUAGAUAAUAUGUACCUACGUACAUGACAUUGAAACCCAAAAUAAUUUUUUGAACGGAGUUACGAGCCGAAUAUAGAAUUAAUUUACAUCCCUCGUAAUAGGUAUCUGCCGUAAUUUCCAUUUUCACUCGAUCUUUUUAUUCAUCAUAACGAUGAACGAGCUCUUCUCGAAAUUAUUUUGUACUAUUGAAUGGACUGGGAUUUUUGGGUUUGUGUUGGCUUCUUGGGAAGAUUAUUAUUAUUCAAAUUAGUACAUCGUCGUCGGUGUAAACUACACCAUAUGAUUAGAUCUUCUUUCAGGUAUAUUCUUUUAAAAUAAUGCGAGAUCUAAAAAGGUACCUACUGGAAGGGGAAACACUAUUGUUGUGAGGUAAAAAAUACCUUUAACGUGUAUACUUGGGAUUUUAGUUUACAAUGUGAUAAAUAAUCGAUAUGAAGCGCCUGUUUAGCGUCAAAUCUCGCUGAAAGAGCUGUCAAAAGUUUCAAUAUGGUCGUGUGUUUCGCGCUAAUUAUCUUGUUAAUAAUCUGUGCUUUGGCAUUGGCCAAUCAAAAGCCUAAAAAUUAUCCUCCGGGUCCUUUAUGGCUUCCUUUUCUCGGGUGUUUUUUGCAAAUACGGAACAUAUACGUGAAAAAACGAUAUUAUCACUUUGUAUGGGCCCAAAUGCAGCAAAUUUACGGUUCCAUAGUAGGCUUAAAACUGGGAAUGAAUAAAGUUAUCGUCGUUUCUGGUUACGAAGCAGUUCAACAGGUGAUGGUUAAGAAUGAUUUUCAAGGGAGACCAGACGGAUUCUGUUUUCGUUUACGUACCCUCGGUAAAAGACUGGGUGUAGUUUUCGUAGAAGGUUCGUUUAUGAAAGAACAAAGGCGGUUUUGUCUAUCUCAACUUCGACUCUUCGGAUGGGGUAAGACGCAGAUGAACGAUAUCGUAACCAAAGAAGCUAUAGAAGUGGUCAAUUCAAUUAAAACUGAAUGCCAACGAGGCCCAAUCCAAGUUGAACAACUCUUCGACGUGAGUACUUUGAACACGAUAUGGACCAUGAUUGCUAGCGAUCGGUUUUCAUUGGACGAUGAAAAGUUACGAAAACUCGUGUAUUUAGUUCACGAAGGGUUUCGAUUGCUGGAUAUGUCCGGUGGACCUCUCAAUCAAAUGCCAUUUAUUCGCUACGUGGCUCCGAAGAAAUCCGGAUAUACUUCUAUAAUAGCCAUUAUCGCCGAACUGGUGGAUUUCCUGAAGGACGUUGUCAAAAAACAUCAAGAGUUACAAGGCGACAGUUUCAUUAACACUUUCCUUCAAGAAGUAAACAACAACAAAAGCAACAAAGAUAGCACGUUUACAGAAAAUCAGCUAUUGGCAAUACUAAUGGAUUUUUUCAUGGCUGGCACGGAGACUACUAGUAAUACAUUAUCAUUUAUAAUCCAUUACCUAGUAAAAUAUCCUCAAGUUCAAGAAAAAAUUCACGCUGAAAUAGACAAAGCUUUGAGCCCUCAACAGAUUCCUACAAUGGAGGAUAGAGAAAAAUUGGUAUAUUUGGAAGCGACUAUAAUGGAAGUACAGAGACAUGGAAGCCCAGUUCCAAUCGCUAUACCUCAUAAAGCUAUUCAGGAUACCGAGUUGAUGAAUUAUUCAAUACCUAAAGACACAAUUGUAUUACCGAGCAUAUGGAGCGUUCACAUGGACGAAGAUUAUUGGAAAGAUCCUCACGUCUUCAGACCGGAACGUUUCAUAGACUCCAAAGGUAAAAUAAUCCAGCACACCCACUUCAUGCCGUUUGGAAUAGGAAAACGAAGAUGCAUCGGGGAGAUUUUAGCAAAAACUACGUUAUUCAUAUUCCUAUCAGCGAUACUUCAGAAUUUCAAACUUGAAUCGAAUUCAGAUGAAGAUUUUACUGCCAAGGUUCUGGAUGGUGUUACUCUAGCUUUGGCUCCAUUUCAAGUUAAAUUUAUUCCUCGAAAAUGAUUCCACUUCGCAGUAAAAAAAAAGGGAGGUUUUGAGAAAGAACGCGCUAACGAGGCUCGCUCCCCAAUCCAAAAAUCUUUAUACAACUGAAAAAAAAUUUCAAAACGAAAAAACGGAACCGAAAACUGAAAACACUCCCUGAAAAGACCGACUUUUCUUCAAAAAUAAAAAUCUUUUAUGAACGAAUUGAUUCACUUCUUUUGAAACAUUGGUAUGGCAAUUAAUCUGUUAACAACCAAAUCGAGUCAUUUACGAACGAUUGGUGAUCAAUGAAAUUAAUUGAUUUCCUGGUAAAUCAUUCGCAAACGGAUCAAUUAAUUUACGAUUGAUUCAGUUUUUGUGAAACUAUAAUGUAUAGGAAUUGAUAUGUUUUCAAGGGAAGUGACGGCAUCCCUGUAUGGGGUGGUGCUGCUGGACAGCAUCUAGAGCCUAUUAGGCGCUUACAGAGCACGCAAUUCGAAAUAUUUAAAGACUGGAAGCUCGAACGUGGAGACACCACAAGAGACACUUUUAGAAAACUUAGAAUACUCCGGGUAGAUCAAAUAUACACUCUGUCCCUUAUACGGUGUAUGUGCAUGAGAAUAAAAAACAGCUUGGAAAAGGUACAGUGAAUAGGAGCGGUCUCAGGGAGGGGAGAAUACGGGCAGCCAGGCAGAAGCUCUUCAACAGGACUAGAUCUACAAUGCAGGCAGCAUUUAAGGCUCCAGGUGUCUUUAACUCAGUACCUGCUGAACUCAGGCAACUGAAAAUUGGUAAACGGUUUAGGAAAAAAGUGACUGAGUGGCUUCUGGAUACAGGCUGACUUUUGCUUGUUUGUGCCUCCUUCUGUGUGGUUAAUCUCUGGCCUAGCGUGCAUCAUUAAACGUGUCACUUCAAGAGGGGCAUAAGUUGACAUAUGUCUUUUUUGCUGUGACAACGGAUUCGUGUUCCCUGAAGUCUUGGCAACAUAAUAAGACCACGCCCACUUUCCAAACGAUGUUUGACCAUUUUGACAUCACCGCAUCGGCACCGUAGAUAUUUCUUUUUAAUUUUUUAGAAAAAAAUUUUGUCAUUUUUUGGCGUAUGAUUUUUCCGUCGCAGGAGAAGGUAAAAAUGAAAAUUUUUAUAUGAAAAUGUUCGUUGUUUCAUCCUGGAAAUUUUUUUUUAAUACCUGCAUACACGAAAGGUGUGACGUCAUUAAUGCGAAACUGAUGAAAAUUACAGUUUGUCACUUCAAAAAGGACAUAUAACUUGAAGUUUUAAAAUUGCUUUGGAGAAAAGAGAAAUUUAUAUUGUGUGAUGGGCGAGGUGUUUUCUUGUGGUGAAAAGAUGAAAUUUUGAGAAUACAAAACGUUUCCGGCUGAAUUCCCAACGUAAAUAUGAAAAAAAUUGCACUGAAAACUUCAAACGUGAUUUCUCAAAAUCGGCAUUUUUGACUAAUGUCCUUUUUGAAGUGACACGUUCUUUGUCUUUCACACCGUGCAUUAAAUGGUAUUUUGAUUACUUGUCAUGUGUUUAGUCCGUACAUUUAUUGCUGUAUUUUUAUUUCCUGUAUUUAUCUAUUUAUUUAAGAUGUAACUAUACAUAUAUAAUUAUUUUUUUCUCUUA